ACAGACAGACACACAUACGGUGUUCCUAAUGUUUGGUAUUCUCAGUGUAUAAUGGGGCACAAUCCUGGGUUAAUGUUUGGUAUUCUCAGUGUAUAAUGGGGCACAAUCCUGGGUUGCAUCUUUUUUUUAAUCUAAAUUGAAAUUCACAUUAACUAGCAAUUAAACACUAUUUUUGAUAAACAUUGUAGUGGUGAGGUCAGACUAUUUAAAAAAAAACAGGUCAGGCUAUAUUAAAUUGUCUGACAAGGUUAUGGUAAAAGGAAUUCAUGGAUUGAGUUAGUCACAACACUAUUUUAAACAUUGUCUGACUUUACUGGUGAUGUUAUAUAGAUUGUAGGCCUGUAUAAAUAACGAAAGAUAUUACAUUAGCUGAUAAGUAGGUUAUGGUAAAGAAUGAAAUGAUUCAGUCGGUCACCGUGUAAGCAGAUUCCUAUUGGAGAAGACGCAGGCCUGUGGGCGCGGCCGUCCAGAGAAUGCGGCCAAGGUGUUGUUGGUCAAUCAGUACGGUUUAGCACAGUUAGCAGCUUGAGCAAGAAGACCUAUGAGGGAGUGGAUUGUAUAUCUUUUUAUUUUAUUUAUUUAUUUAUCACAAAAGAGAAAGCUGUUUCACUAAAUAUUGUUGGGGAAAAAAGUGUGGCACAAGGAUUAGGCGUCGCUGCCUGCAAAUUCCGUCUGAAUUGUCGAGUCGAAAUGACCGGUGUCGAAAUUGACUUUAUUUGAUUGCACCGGAGGCGCGUUUUCUAAACGAACACGGGGAGUGAAUUUCAGUGAUGGCAAGAUAAUCAGAUGGCGCUUCUCUCUCUGAUUGGCAUUGGAUAUUGAUGAGGUAGCUUACAUUUUCCCGUGUGAUCGACUUGCAUUGGAGGAGCUUCCAUGGCGACCAUGACGCGAAAAUGCCCUCUUUACAUCUGCGUUCUGUGCCUGCUCCAGCUGAUGAGCGCACAACCGGUGCGCGCCGCCUCCAAGGCCAUCGUGUGUGAACCCAUCACGGUCCCCAUGUGCAAGGGCAUUGGCUACAACCUCACCUACAUGCCCAACCAGUUUAACCAUGACACUCAGGACGAGGUGGGGCUGGAGGUGCACCAGUUCUGGCCGCUGGUGCGCAUCCACUGUUCCCCUGACCUGCUCUUCUUCCUCUGCAGCAUGUACACUCCGAUCUGCAUCCCGGACUAUCGCAAGCCUCUGCCCCCGUGCCGCUCCGUGUGCGAGCGGGCCAAGCGUGGCUGCUCCCCCCUGAUGAGCCAGUAUGGUUUUGAAUGGCCCGAGAGGAUGAGCUGCGAGGGGCUGCCAGAGCUGGGUGAUGCUGAUCGCCUCUGUAUGGACCGGAACAGUAGUGACAUCACAACUUUGUCCCCAGGCCCGGCCUUCCCCCCGAAGCCUACCCCCAAGGCCCCCUCCGUGCUCCACCGCAACCCAGCCCGCCGCAGGCCGCCUCUCCUGCCCAAACCCCACCACAAUCACCACCACCAGGACUGUGAACAACGCGACUGCCGCUGCCGCCACCCCCUGGUGUCCGUCAAGAAUGAGGCCCACCCACUGUACGGCCGCCGCGUCCACACAGGCCCCGUGGAGAACUGCGCCCAGCCCUGUCAUCAACCCUACUUCACCCCGGACGAACACGCCUUCACCUCCCUCUGGAUUGGCCUGUGGUCGGUCCUCUGCUUCGUCUCGACCUUAACUACGGUGGUCACGUUCCUGAUGGACCGCGACCGCUUCUCCUACCCCGAGCUGCCUAUCGUCUACCUGGCUGCCUGCUACCUCUUCGUCUCCCUGGGAUACAUGGUGCGGCUGGCAGCGGGCCACGAGCGGGUGGCGUGCUCAGAGGACGGCGGGCACGUGCUGUACGACGCGUCGGGCCCUGCCGGCCUGUGCACCUUGGUGUUCCUGCUGGUCUACUUUUUCGGCAUGGCCGGUGCCAUCUGGUGGGUGGUGCUCUCGCUCACCUGGUUCCUGGCGGCGGGCAUGAAGUGGGGCAACGAGGCCAUCGCCGGGUACUCGCAGUACUUCCACCUGGCCGCCUGGCUGGUGCCCAGCGUCAAGACCAUCGCUGUGCUGGCCCUGAGCGCCGCAGACGGAGACCCUGUGGCAGGGAUAUGCUACGUGGGCAACCAGAGCGUGGAGAGCCUGCGGGGCUUCGUGCUUGCUCCCCUGGUGGUCUACCUCUUCACAGGCUCCCUCUUCCUCCUAGCGGGGUUUGUAUCAUUGUUCCGCAUCCGCAGUGCCAUCAAGCAGGGGGGGACCAAGACAGACAAGCUGGAGAAGCUGAUGUUAAGGCUGGGCCUCUUUACCGUCCUCUACACGGUCCCUGCCGCAGUGGUGGUGGCCUGUCUGGUGUACGAGCAGCACCUCAGGCCCCAGUGGGACAGGGGACUUUCCUGCUCCUGCCAGGCUGAGAGACAGAGGCUAGGCCUAGGGCCAGACCACGCCAUCUUCAUGCUCAAGUACUUUAUGAGCCUGGUGGUGGGGAUCACCUCAGGGGUGUGGGUGUGGUCGGGGAAGACCCUGGAGUCGUGGAGGAGGUUCCUGGGGAGGUGUUGUUCGUGUCCCUGCUGGGGCCACAAACCCUCCAGCGCGUCAGUGUACAGCGAGGCCAGCACAUCCCUCACGACACACACUGGGCUGCUCCGCUUGCAGUCUGAGCACAAGUCCCUGUCGCAUCCAUCUGUGUGACCAGACGGGCGCUUGUCAGACUCAUGUUGCUACACAUACAGUGGCUGUUGGAAGAAACUAGAUGGAUGUUCAUUUAACUUAUUGAAAGGAUUGUAAAUUAUGUAAAAAGUAUUGUCUUUACAUAAGGACACGUUUUAAAGCGAGUUGUGUGGGAAUAUAGAGAAAAACUCUUAUUUUUAUAUUAUAUGUCCUAGUUCUCAUUCUAGACUCAUUGCAGGAGAUUUCCCCUAAAGUUGAAACUUGUUUUAAAUGGUGUGUUCUCAAGUUCAGAGAAAAAAACAUGUACAGUGAAUGUGUCUCUAGGAUGUUUUUAAAUGAUGUUUUUUGUUAGUAUGUCCUUAACCAGAACCUUAGAUGGUUAGGAAUCCAAUAAUCAACAGUUAUGUCAUUAACCUGGACAUAAUACCAUGCCUGAGCCACUUAACAGUUCUAUUUUAUACGUAUGAAGAAGAUGGAGAAUUGCUAUUUGUCAUUUUAUUUAAAAAUGGCCAUCCUAAAGGGACAUGGUUCUUGUUGUAGGAGAUAUUUCACUCGCUGUUAUGGACACGGUAAGGUCUUGUUAGGAUG